CCUCCUCCUCUUCCUCGUUCAGCUCUCUCCCUUCUUCCUCCCUAAAUUCCACUCCAAUGUCGCCUUCCUCCAAUCCCACCAGCCCCCAUCACUCCAUCAAUGGCCGCCACCGCUAACGCCACCCUUUUCUCUUUCUCCAAUUCGAUAAACUGCCACUCAUUUCCUACUUCAUUCCACUCUUCUCCUGGAAGCGCAAUCCAUCUAAGGAAGCGCGCUCUGCAAUUACGCCCACAUGCUCUCUCCGCCAGAGAACCCUCCACCGAUCUCUGCGUAGUCUUGGCCGGAGGUGGAUCCGGUGGCCAUAUCUUCCCUGCUCUCGCCAUCGCCGACGAGCUCCGCACCAUCCGCCCUAAUGCCCGCAUUGUGUUCGUCGGCACUUCCACCGGCAUGGAGGGCGAUGUUGUUCCUUCCGCCGGAUACGAGUUUGUUCCCGUUCCGAAGGUUCGCCUCGCCAGGCCUUUUCUCUCCCCUCUCAAUCUCCUUCUUCCGAUUCAACUCAUCCGCUCCAUCGCCGCUAGCGCCGCCAUCCUCUCCCACCUCCGCCCUAAAGUCGUCAUCGGCACCGGAGCCUACGUAGCCGCCCCGGUAUGCUUCGCUGCCAUCAUAUCCGGAAUAAUGCUCGUCAUUCAGGAGCAGAAUUGCUACCCUGGAAUCACCAACCGUGCCCUAGCUCCCUAUGCCGAGAAGAUUUUCCUCGCGUUCAAUGCUUGCAUAAAGUAUUUCCCCAGAGAGAAGUGUGUGGUUUGCGGAAACCCUCGUCGUCUCAGUGGUGGCUCCGGCGGAGGUGUGUCCAAGUCCGACGCUAGGGCUCAUUUCUUUCCCGACUCCGGUGAGAGAGCCCUGGUGGUUCUCGUGCUCGGCGGUUCGAUCGGAGCUAACGCCAUGAAUCGUGCCUUCUUGGAGGUUUGCUAUGAUAUGCUUGCAAAGCAUGAGAACAGAUUCAUUAUUUGGCAGACGGGGGCGAAGUGGUUCCAGGAGGUCAGAAGUGUUGCUAAGGUCCAUCCCAGAUUGUUUCUUACACCGUUCUUAGAUGAAAUGGAGUUAGCUUAUGGUGCUGCUGAUCUUGUUGUUUCUCGAGCUGGAGCAAUGACUUGUACAGAGAUUCUUACUGCUGGAAAGCCUUCAAUUCUGAUACCAUCACCAACUGCUACAGAUGAUCACCAAACAAAGAAUGCAUAUGCCAUGGCAGAUCUAGCAGGGGCACAUGUCUUAACAGAGGAAGAACUUGAUUCAUGUAGUCUUCAAACAGCCAUAAAUAAUGUGUUAGGUGAUAAUAAGCUGAUGGAAGAAAUGUCUGAGAAGGCAAGAAGAGCUGCUCGACCCAAUGCUGCUUCUCAUAUAGCUGAGUCUAUUCUCUCUAUUAUAAAGUAAUCUCUCGCAAAGCACACUGGUUUUGGAAAUCAGGUUACAUGCUUUGCUUACCUUGGUCAUCAAGUCCCGAGCUGGGGUUUUUUGCAGAUUGGCACAUUCUGUAGGUUAAAAGGCUAUACUAUAUAAAGAAGAAAUAUUUAAUCAUACAUUUUCAUUUGUAUAUUGGGUGUAAGUACUUAUAAAAUUUGAAAAUAAUUGGUAAAAUGUCAUUAAAUUGCCUUUUAUAGUUAUCAUUCAAAUAACAUUGAACUCUUCUAUAUCAUCUUCUUUACUCAUCCAGUCCUACUUUAGAUGUGUGCGGGGACAUGC